GCCGGAAGCGGAGCGGUGCCCGCGCGCUCCCGCGGCUCCGUGCGCGCUCCCGCGUGUUCCCGCCAGCCGAGCGGUGCCGCCGGUUCCCCCCGCGCCGUGCUCGGCCGGGGCUGUCCCGGGCCCGCGGGAUCCCCCUCCCCGCCAUGGAGCGGGCCCUGCGCCUGGGCCGGGCCGGGCUCCGCUUCCGCUCCACCCGCGGGGCCGAGCAAGGAGCGCCCCGAGGCCGCGAUCCCCCCGCACCCCUCCCGCAGGGCCCGGGGGCCGGCCGGGGGUCGCGGACCGGCCGGGAGCUGUUGCGGGCACAGCAGGACCCGCCCCGGGCCGGCAAGGGGAAGGGGCUGGAGCGAAAGGCGCUGCCCCUGGAGAGGACUAAAGGCUCCGAGAUCCUGUUCGGGGUGGCCCCGUGCGGGCUGGCGCUGGCCCGGGCGCGGAGGGCCCUGUUCCGCCUGUUCCUGAAGGAGCCCCGCGGCGGCUCCGGCCGGCCCGUGAGGCCCGAGCUGGCCCUGCAGGCCGCGGCCCGCGGGGUGCCGGUGCUGCGCGUCCCGGGCCGGGCGCUGGACGCGCUGUGCUGGGGCCGGCCCCACCAGGGAGUGUGUCUGGAGGCCGCCCCGCUGCCCUUCAGGAGCCUGCGGGACACCGAGGAGCCGCAGCCGGGGGACGGAGACAGCGGGAGCCGGCAGCCGCUGUGGCUGGUGCUGGAGCACAUCCAGGAUCCCAUGAACUUGGGGGCCCUGCUGCGCUCCGCCUACUUCCUGGGGGUGGACAGAGUGGUGGCGACCCACAGCAACAGCUGCCCCUUGACUCCCGUAGUGAGCAAAGCCAGCGCUGGAGCCAUAGAGGUUUUCGAUGUUUACAGCACAGAUGAUCUGCAGGGCUUUUUGAAGGCUAAAAUUGCAGAAGGCUGGGAAGUGGUGGGAACAGUCAGCAGGCCUGAGGAUGUGGAAGAUGUUCCUGUCAUCAGCUGCUCGGAAUUCCGGUGGGACAAACCCCUUAUUGUAGUGAUAGGGAGUGAAGGGGAGGGCCUUUCCCUGGAGACUCAGCUGCAGUGCCAGCGCAUGCUGGCCAUCCCCCCGGGCAGGGCGCUGCACCCCGGCAUCGACUCCCUCAACGUCUCUGUGGCUGCAGGUAUCCUCCUGCACUCCAUCUGCAGCCGGAGACCAGGGCAUGGAGAUUGAAAUCCUCUGUUUGGUGGAGGAAGCUGCUCAGGGUGGAUAUGGAAAUGCUCUUCCCAGGGUCUCCACCAUCACUGUGAGUUCCAGAGAGAGCCCCAGUGACCUGAGCUGCAUUUUGGCUGCUGCAGAAGCCACCAGAUCCCUGACUAAACACCUGAAGUCCUAGGGAACACCUGGGAGGAGCAGCUGUGGGAAGGCAGACAGGUCUGGGAGCAGCCAGUUUUGGCAGGAAGACACCCAGGGAUGGCUGCCAGCACCGUGCUUUGUGCAUCCCUGGAACCCUGGGGACAGUUUGGGUGACAGUGCCACUGCAAGUGCCCUGUGCCCUCCCCCUGGGCAGCAGCUGCUGAGUGCCAGCUGAGCUCAGGAACCACUGGAGCUGUUUUUUCUGUAUUUGUUUUUAAAGCAGGUGUGCAGCCCUGCCAAGGGCUGGCAAACAGCUGCAGUGGGUGAAAUGCAGCCCGUGGAAAUAAAGCUUUUGUAAAGAUUG